AUGGCUAAACCAAAGCAAAUUGUUAACUUUAUUCGGUCAGAGACUGAUCUAUUCUCUGAACCCGGCUACGACUUGACUCUUGCCAGCUCACACCGAGUUGAUUAUCAUCCAAUAACAAACAUUUCAGAUCGAUCCACUCCUCUGACAUUUAUUAUUCAAGGAAAUGAUUCACAAUACAUUGACUUUUCUGAAACACAACUCUAUAUUCGCUGCAAGAUUGUAGAUAGCAAGGGAGCUGAUAGGGAUGCUGCUCAAACUGAUACUGCGCCAGUUAACAAUUUUCUACAUUCAAUGUUUAGUCAAGCUUACUUGGAGACUCUGCUAUCUUUUGGCAAAGAGUAUACCAAGACUCAAGCAAUGGCUGCUCUGUAUCACAAAGAAGCAGAUCCAACCACAGGAGAUGAAGGGUGGAAAACUCGAGAGAAACUGGCAAAUAAUAGCAAAGUGUUUGAACUGUGUGGAAAACUGAAGACGGAUAUAUUUAACCAAAACCGAUUUUGCAUCCCAGGAAUUGAUAUAAAAAUUGUACUAUAUCGAGCACCAGACAGUUUUUGUCUGCUAAGCAAGACCUCCGGAUCAGCACAAGAUGCAGCACAACUUCACAUUAUGGAAGCUAAAUUUGUUGUCCAAAAGCAUACUCUACUUCCAUCAAUUACAAUGGGACAUUUAAGAUUAAUGGAAAAGGGUCAACCUGCAUGCUAUCCAAUGCGAAGAGGAGACAUGAAAUCAUUUUCCCUAUCUGCCGGAACACUACAGUAUACAAACGAGAGUCUAAUUACGGGUCUUUUGCCAGAUCGUCUUGUAGUCGGCAUCGUCUCGAGUAAAGCUGUACACGGACAUUACAAUGAAAACCCAUUUAACUUUCUUCAAGCAGAUAUAUCAAGCAUCACUGUAACCGUGAACUCUGAGCAAGUAACAUCUCAAACGUUUGAACUUGAUUUCGAUAAUAAGAAAAGUAUUGAAGCGUACUUUAGCGUAUUUUCGGGACUGGGUCUAUCAAAUCUUGACACUGGAAUAGAACUAACGUUCGAUAUUUUUAAAACUGGAAAAACUCUCUAUGUUUUUGACUUGAGACACCAACAUGAUGGGUUCGCCAUACCAAGACAUGGAAGUGUGAAAAUCGAGAUAAAGUUACGAAAUGCAACUACGUCUGCCCUAACAGUUCUUUGUCAUUGUGAUUAUCAAUCAGUUUUGUACGUUGACAAGAAUCGACAUAUUUACUUUAAGGACUACUCCAUGUAA